AUGGCGCCUCGCGCGACACACGGCGGUUCUGUUUGUUGUUCAAUCCCGGAGACGUUGUACCGAAAAUUUUAUCCGAACCUCGUAAUAUCGAUCGGAGACAGGCAUGCCUCGUUGAGAAAACUCGUCUCGUCUCCCUGCCAUUUAAUGCCGUCACGCCUCCGAGGAGAGUUUAAUUUCGAACGACGCGAUAAACGUGAAGGUCGCUGUUUUCAGGUUAAGUUUAGGUUAGGCGGGCUGUGUUCCUUGGAUUGACUGGGCAUUAGGAAGAGAUUUCUAUAGAGAAAUGUAUCUCAACGUCUGUCGACUUUUGACACGAACCUGCGUGAGGCAGAUACACACCAGCGUGUCGCGAAAUCUAAUGAAGGACCACUCUGACGGUACGUUCCGUAGGAGAUUGCGCUCCACUGCCUUCUACUGGGCCGGCGUCGGGGUUCUGGUAGUUGGACUGAGCUACUCCGCGGUGCCUCUGUACAGAAUGUUCUGCCAGUCUUACAGUUAUGGUGGGACAGUAUCAGCUGGCCACGACGCCAGUAAGGUGACCACGAUGUCGCCUGUCAGAAACCGAAGGAUCAAAAUCAAGUUCAACGCGGAUGUGGCGACGUCGAUGCAGUGGAACUUCAAGCCGCAGCAAAGGGAGAUCACGGUUAUUCCCGGGGAGACGGCUCUGGCGUUUUACACGGCCACAAAUCCGACCGAUCAUCAGGUCAUAGGGAUAUCCACGUACAAUGUUUUGCCUUUCGACGUCGGGCAGUACUUUAAUAAGAUACAGUGCUUCUGCUUCGAGGAACAGAUGCUCAACCCGCAUGAACAAGUCGACAUGCCAGUGUUCUUCUACAUCGAUCCGGAAUUCACCGAGGAUCCAAACAUGGAGUUCGUCGACGAGAUAGUUCUCUCGUACACGUUUUUCGAGGCCAAACCAGGAUUUAGUCUGCCUGUACCGAGCUAUGCCAGGAGUCAUUCAACGAAAUAAAGCAUGCAGUGGAAUUAAUUACCACGGAUCGUAUUUGUCAAUCCCAGAAUAAUAUUGCAAUCCAUGAGUGUGAUUGU